AUGCCAGAACCGCAUAAAAUAUUUUAUAAAGGAAAAGAGAACGAUUUUAUCGUCUUCGUCGAGGAUUCAGAUUUACUUCAAAAGUAUUUGAAAGGUGACACUACGAUCCCAUUGAUUGAUGUGGUAUCAAUUUAUAAAGUAUUUACCAACAGACAGGGAGGAUCUGAAGGUGUUUUAGAUGAACUGUCGAAAUCUGAAUUGACAAAUGAAUUUGGAUCAGCAGAUGUUGAUGCUAUUAUUAAAAAGAUUUUGAAAGAAGGAAGUGAUAAGCACUCAGUUUCAAUCAACCGUGGUCAUAAUUCGACCAAUGACUCGAUGGGUGGUGGUUCUACUGGUAAUUAG